AUGUCGGCAGAGAACGACGGCGACGUGAGCUCGAAAGCGUAUCCGCUCGCCUCGCUCGAGGUGACAAACCAGAUUUUGGAUAUCGUGCAGCAGGCCUGCAGCUACAAGCAGCUUAGGAAGGGUGCUAAUGAAGCAACCAAGACUCUGAACAGAGGAACCGCUGAGAUCGUCAUCCUUGCGGCAGAUGCGGAGCCUCUGGAAAUUCUGCUGCACCUUCCGCUGCUCUGUGAAGACAAGAACGUUCCGUAUGUCUUUGUCAGGAGCAAAGUUGCUCUCGGGCGCGCAUGCGGGGUGUCUCGCCCUGUCAUUUCGUGCUCAAUCACCAACAAAGAAGGUUCCGCUCUGAAUCCGCAGAUUGCAGAGCUCAAGAACAUCAUUGAAAUGAUGCUGAUCUAA